UCAUUUUUGCUAUUUCUUCGUAUAAUGCUAAUCGUGAGAGGAAAAAAAAAGAAGAAAUAUUUAUCAACUAGCGAGAUACUCUGAAGCAAAAAUAGAAAAGAAAAGAAAAAAUAGAAAAAGCUGAUCGUUGUACUCGAAUAUUCAUCUGGAAAGAGUAUGGAAGAAAUCGAACGAUUCACAUGGAUGAAAUCACAUCCGGCAUCCCGUCGAUUCGUUUUUCUCUAGUGCGACUAUAGAUUUAUCCCUCGUUCUUUUUUUCACAUCUCUUCUUCUUCCUCGUACUCUUCCCCUUUCAACUUCGUGGCGCGGUACAAUCGAUUCUCGAAAAAGUUUGAGAAAAACAGGUGCCGAGGAUAUUAUCCGAUAGAUGAGCUAAGGGACUUGUGGUUUGAGAGCCGAAGAUUAACGAGAGAAAAUCGAGUUACCCUUCUCGAACAUCUUCUCCCUCAUUCUUUUUUUUAAUAUCGUUUCUUGUUCCAUUCUUUGACUUCUUGCUAGUCUUAAAUUUCUAUGUUAACCGGAUAAAUGCUCUUUGUUGAAAUUAUUUAAGAAAGCUACAACGCGUCUCUCUCUCUCUCUCUCUCUCUAUCUCCCUUUCAAUGGCACGAUCGAUUGCUAUCGCAACAAAGAGAAUGCAUCCUUUUGGUCUCUCCUUUCGCAUUAAAUUCGAAACGUUGCUCGACGAACGCUACUAGUUUAAUUAAUCCUCCUUUCAUAUCGCAACCUGUUGAUCUCCUUUUAUAUAUAUAUAUAUAUAUAUAUCUCUUUUUUUUUAUUUUUCUACCCUCGACAUGCCACCUGGGAAACUUCUUCUACAUUGCUACGAGUGACGUCGAUCUCUUUUCUUGAUAUGUCACUUGAGACGCGUUUAUAUUUAUAGUUAUAACAUUUCUACCUUCGAGAAAAAACUGAAAGGAUAGAGGAGAAUCCGUGUUUCAUAUCUAUCCGAUUUUCCUCGUUUCGAACUCGGAACUUUACGAAGGGAAAUAUCGAAAGGGAGAAAGAGAGAUAAAGAAAGGAAUAUAGCAAACAAAUGGAUCGUGCAAUUUCGUAUGUAUGUGUAUGAUGUAGAUUUCCGAUCCAACGAACAAUGUAGAAAAUAUAUUUGAAAAGAGGUGUAUAAACGUGCGCGUGCGUGUGUGGGUGGAUGUAUGUAUGUAUCCGUGUAUGUGUGUAUAUGGUUUGUUCAUCUCGUUUAAAAGAUGCUUCACAAGAGAAGGAUUUGUUGGAAAAAAGAGGAAAGCAAGGUGCCGCGAACUUUAGUAUUUAAAUCUCAUAAAAAUGAAGAGAAAAGAAGAGUGAUCGAGAAAGAAAUCUCAUGAAAAUGCUGCGAGAUCUUUAUCCAAUGAUAAAUCUUAAGGAACGUUGAAGGUUCAUUAUUGAGAAAGAGAACGAAAUAAAGGAGGAGUUGAAGAUCUCACAAAAUGUCGUCCGACGUCGGUCAGAACAGAGAACAAAGAAGUAAUCGAAAUCAAAGCUAUGACGUUGAUGUAACUGUUGGGAAAAACGCAACCGAUGGCAUAUUUCUAAUACCAGAGUAUUUCAACGUCACUUCUCUGGACAUUAACGCGACCGAAGAAAUUGACUCUUUCUAUUUCUAUGAGACCGAACAAUUCACAGUUUUGUGGUUAUUAUUCGUUGUGAUCGUUGCUGGUAACACUGCAGUUCUUGCUGGUCUUUUGCUCGGAAAACGUCGAAAAUCUCGGAUGGACUUCUUCAUCAAGCAACUGGCGUUCGCAGAUCUUUUGGUCGGUUUGAUAUCAGUUCUGACGGAUAUAAUUUGGAGAACUACGGUGACCUGGCAUGCUGGUAACAUUGCCUGCAAACUCAUCAGGUUUAUGCAAGCCGUCGUCACCUAUAGUUCUACGUAUGUAUUGGUUGCAUUAUCGAUCGACAGAUACGACGCUAUUACACGACCGAUGAACUUUUCAGGAAGUUGGUGGAGAGCUCGAGUAUUGGUGGUGGUUGCUUGGAGUCUCUCAGCACUCUUCAGCAUUCCCAUCAUCUUUCUCUACGAGGAAAAACGUAUACAAGGAAUGAAGCAAUGUUGGAUAGACUUGGGAUCUUCGAUUCAAUGGAGGAUUUACAUGAGUUUGGUGAGCUUUACCCUGUUCAUAGCUCCCACCCUUAUAAUAGGAGGCUGUUAUAUGGUCAUCGUAGCAACUAUAUGGUCACAAGGAAGCGCAUUACGUCAAGGUCCUACUAGGGAUACUAGAAGAGCUUCGUCUAGGGGUCUUAUACCAAGAGCCAAGAUCAAAACCGUUAAGAUGACCUUCGUCAUAGUGUUCGUAUUCAUCCUUUGUUGGAGUCCAUACAUAAUCUUUGAUCUCCUUCAAGUUUACGGACACGUGCCGAAAACGCAGACGAACAUCGCAGUAGCAACUUUUAUACAAAGUUUAGCGCCAUUGAAUUCUGCUGCCAAUCCCAUAAUUUAUUGCCUUUUCAGCACGCCAUUCUGCAAAAAUGUACGGAGCAACUGUUGCACGGUAGGAACAUGCAGGCGAUUUCCUGGGUUUCGGGAUGGUGCACUGCAAAUCCACAUCACUGCUUUGGCACCGGUGGUGCUAAAACCGCAAGUACAAGGACGACAGUGACGACGUCCCUGACGGCACAUUCAUCUCGUAAAAGUGGACCAGGGAUGCUGCACUCGACAACUUCGAGAAAGCACGUGAUGGUGUCGUUGGUUUAAAUUGUUUAAAGGACCACCGAGAGAAGGAGAGCAAAUAUCUUAAGCUUUUACUUAUAUUUCUUUCUCUAAUUCCCGAAGAAACACGCCGAAAAGGAAUGGCCGAGCAGCCUAUUUGCGAGCCACCAAUCAACGAAUUCUUUCUUUAGUUUACCAGAGAGCAAGCUCGGCUUUACUUUAACAAUAAAUCACCUUAGAACGUUCUUUGAUCCUAAGUAAAAUUUUUACACAAAUUUUAUUCAUUUUUUACAAAAUUCUUUCAGUAGUCUCCAAAUUAAGACUACUGUUACAAAUUAUAAAUCGUUGAAAUGAUAAAACUGUUCGUGAAAGUAUUAUAAAUAUUUAUAAUUAGAACAUUUCCUCGAACUGGAUUUCAGUUUUUCUGCCGCAAUAUCUCUUUCACAAUUACUUUUAAUUUUCUGUCUUUCGGUAUCUCAUCGAGAUGUCUCAAAGGAAGAUAUUUUUCUCUCGUAUCGCCUUUUAAAUUGUGUCUUUUAACGAGCACAGACUUUAACCUACAUUUAUGAAUGCUUUAAAGUUUAAAUCCUUGGAGAAAGGAAGUUAAUGAAGAAAAAGAAAAAAAAAAAAAAAAAAAUAGAAAGGAGAAUCAUUAAAAAUGUUAUUGUAAUCGUUACGCGAUUUCUCUUUAAAAUUAACAACUUUAAUGAACGCGAUACGGAUAAUUUGCAAUAAUAAAACUAUUAUCCUUUACUGUCUCCGUUUUUAUCUUACAAUUAUGCUAAUUUUUGUUUACCCUUCAAAAAUCACUAAAAGAUAAAAUAAUAAAAGAGGAUGUAAAUAAAUUUAAUGUAAGAAGAAUGAGAUAUCGACGUUAUUAAAAGAAUAAUGUAUUUUUACGUAAACAAAACGUAAAAUGUCUUGAAAAGGAAUAAGAAAAAAGAGAAUAUUUCAUUAUUAAAUGACAUCCAUUACACAAAUAAAUAGAUACGCGCGCGCGCGCGCGCGCCCACACACACACAUAUAUACAGAGAGAGAAGAAAAUCGAUUUGGUAUUUCAAAGCGAGCUCGUGGAAAUAUGAAAUUGACAUUUUCUUCGUCUUUUACAUGUAUCAGUGAAACUGAAUGGAAAAUAAAAUGCCCGAAGGUAUAUACCAAUGUGUACAUACAUCUAUAUAGAUAUAUACGUAAUAAUAAUAAUAUUAUAUAUAUAAAAUCUUUGAGCUUCGUGUCUCUCGAUAUAUAGAGAAUAUACAUACAUACAUAUUUAUUCAUAAACUGCAUCGCAAGUAGUAAUAAUAAUAAUAAUAAUAAUAAUAAUAACAAUAAUUUAUUAUUAUCAGUGUAAUUGAAUCUCCAUUGACAUUAAAAGGGAUCUUGUAAAUAUUUCCGAGAAUAAAAUUGAUGAACGAAUAAAAAAUCUUCUCCUCCGAAUGAGAAUGUUCCGAAAUAAUGAUUAAUUUAAAAAAAAAAAAAAAAAACUGUGAAAU